AUGCCAAGAGGAGCGAUUCCAAGAGGAACAUAUCUCAAAAUCCUACUUGGUCCCCGCCAGGGCCUGCCGCCCUCAACAAAGAUGUUUCCAGUUCCCAGGAUUCCGGGGCAGGGAGCAGCAGCGGCCAAUUCUUCGACCGAUGACCGACGAGAACCACCUACUCUGAAGCUUCCUGAGCCCAUUCAGCCCCUAGAACCUCUAGUCGAGCUGCUCUUGGAGAACAAUACGCCUCCCCGUAGUCCUGGUCACAACCAUCACAUGCUCCGCGCGAACACCGCCGAAAUUGAUGAAAUUUCUCCUCUCCCUCUACCUGACUCAAUGAUCUCCCCGCAAACAACACAGCGACCAUUGAUAGAGGAAGAACCAAACACACCGAUGAGAAGUAUUCUUGCACGUUCUAUGACAUUUAGUCCUCGGCCAUUUGUAAAAAGGGUUUCAACCUUCUUUGGUCCCAAUUCCACAGAAGAUACUGGCAUCGUUGAUAUUACAAAAGCGCAGACUAUAGCAGCAUUCGAGUUUCAUGGUUGGCUGAUUUUAGAACUGUCAAGAAUUGAGGAGUUUUAUAAGCAGAGGGAAGAUGAGGCCGUGCAACGAUUUGAUGAAAUGAAGGAGCAACUAGAUGUUUUGAGAGACCGGUGGUUCAAGCAUCAUUACCGGAUUGCAUAUGAAGGAGAUGCUGGCGACGUUCAUGAUGUGCACAUCUCGCAAUCAAAUAAUAAGCGUAGUAGCCAGGGAGCUACCAGUGGUCAUGAAGAUGGGGUCGAAGGAGCACGUCGGAGGUCUGGGUGGAGAGAUACACUUGCAUCUAUGGGGCGAGGGAAGGACAGCGGUCAAGAUCCGGAUAUCGUGAGCCUAUCAUCCGAAAACAGGGAGAGUGAUGAUGCCAGAAGGGACUACGAGCGGAGGAGACCGACCAACGAUCCUGGGCACAAAUUGGCGAAAUCUAAGCUCAAAUAUGCGUAUGUCGAGUAUUACCAUCGGCUGGAACUCUUGAAGUCUUAUGUGCAGUUAAACCGUGACGCUUUCCGGAAGAUCACGAAGAAAUUUGAUAAAGUUUCUGGGUUGAGAACGUCAGGGAAAUUCAUGGGUGAACAUAUCAAUAAGAGUUAUUUUGGUGGAACUGAUAAUAAGCUCGACGACCUGAUCAAUGAUACUGAGAUAUUAUUCGCUAGGUAUUAUGCCAUUGUCAGAUCUGGGUAG